UUAUAUUUUUCAUGUUAGCCCCUCCCAAAAUUAUUUCUAGCUCCGCUCCUGAAAUAACAGCUUUAUCCUAAGCCAAAAAUUUAAGCCAAGUAUAAAUAUAAGUACUACUAUUUACUGAAAAGAUCAAGAACCAUCUUGUAAAAUACAGGUCGAGUGUUGUUUGUUUUAUUCCUUCUUACUGAAGGAAUCCUUAGAACCUUGCCGUUACACCCAACAAGUAACAAGCGCGUUCCGUUGUUGACUUGAGAUAUGAAAUUCAAUUAAAAUUAAAAUUUUGAAAUUAAACCCCCAAAUCCAAACACAUUCUCUUUCCUUACGCACUAAUUCACUAUUCACUCACUUAACUUCACCUCAGCUCAGAUCAAUGCAAGAACCUUCUAGAACCGCCACCGGUUACCCGGCCCCACCCUUCAACCACCCUAACGGUGGCCAACCGCCACCGCCAUCCACCACCGCCUACCCCUACGCCGCACCUCCUCCCUACCAGCCCCAUCCUCAGUACUACAAUCCCCAACCCUACCAACAGCGCUACUCCCCUUCCCGCUCCUUCUUCCGCGCCUUCAUCGCCACCAUGAUCUGCCUCGCCGUCGUCUUCGGUGUCGUCCUCAUUAUCACCUGGCUCGUCCUCCGCCCUUCCCUCCCUCACUUCACCAUCACCACCUUCUCCGUCCAGAACUUCUCCACAACCGCACAAACCGUCUCCGCCACGUGGCACCUCACCUUCCUCCUCCGCAACAAUAACCACAAGAUGUCCGUUACCUAUAACGUGCUUCGCCCUUCCCUCUUCUACCACUCUAACUACCUUGCCGACUCGCAGCUACCGCCGUUCAAGCAGGACACCAGGUCCGAGAACACGCUCAACGCAACCUUGGUUGCCGUCGACGCUUACCUCGAGCCACGCGCCGUGACCGAUUUGAACGCCGAGAAGUCGAGUGGCUCCGUUACGUUCGACGUGCAGCUGCUGGCUUCCGCAUCCUUCCGAUCCGGUUCGUGGCGGUUCAGGCCGCGCGUGCUCAAGGUUCUCUGCCGGAAGGUUCCCGUGGGCUUAACGUCGAAAUCCUCCUCCGGUCAGCUUGUCGGCGGAGCCAGGGAGUGCCAGAGUGUUUCCUGGUAACAAAUUGAAGGCCUGUUGAUUAUUGGGUAAAAUAGUCAUAUUUGUUGUUGCCCUGCCCUCUUCAUCCCCUUUAAUUAACUCAAAAGAAAAAUGUCAAAAUCGAGUAUUUGGGAUGGUUAAGGGAUGAUGAUGAUGAAGUUAUUCAAAGACCUUCAGUUAUUUCACUGUGCCGGAUCUGGCUAUGCAUGGAUAUCAAGUUCGAGUAUUUGGGAUGGUUUGGUUAGUCCUAUAGGAGGGAUCAUUAACCUGUUGAAGCUGGUAUCCAACAGUAUGACAGUUCUUAUGCUUGCGGCUAUUUAUUUUUAUGAAUCGAGUACGAAAUUGGGGCUUGCUGUUGAUUUAGAGAUUGGAGGAAUAACACCUAAGACCCAUUGGCGACAAUUGGUCAGUUUUCUCCCCUUCUUCUUGAGUUGGGUUUUUGUGUUUAUUCAUUAGUUGUCUUGGGCAUGAUCGCGACUUUAUGAAUUAAUCUUCAAUAAAAUGCUGGUGUGUUUUUUAUUUCUUCUGAAGCCUAAAGAAUUAGGAAUUGGUGGUCUUUUAACAUUUGAUGCUUAUAGUUGGUAAAUUUAUUUAGAUGACGGUAAAAAAAACUUUCAGAUAAUGGUUGGAAAAAGAGAAUUCUAUACGUAAUAAAUGGGAUGAUUCCACAUUUACAUACAUUAAGGCCCUAUUAUUGGAUAAGUUGAAUCCCGACUGAAGUCCUGCCAUAUAACAAGCCUAUCCCAAUAGUCAAGGUUAACAAUCUAACCCUUAGUAAUGUAAAAUUACAUUAUUGGUGGAGUCCAGCCACAGAGGCCUUAGCAUAACAGUACAUGUACCACCACUAUUAUGGAAUGAACACGUGAACAAUUGCCAGGCUGAUGUGCAGCCGAAGUGAUAAUUGCUUUAGUUCUUCAUCAAAACUAAAAAGUCCCCUUGCCCUUUUAUGAAAUGUCUUUUCCAUGUAACAAACUUCAUAGUGGGUCAAGAUUUUGUUGUUUAUUCUGGUAAGUUGAUAGAGCUGUGAUUCCGUUACUCUAUUCACUGUUAGAUAUUGUUAUUGUCAAUUUUGAUUCUCCAAUCUCCAUUCAUUCAGAUCCACUUCCCGACUGCAGUUGGUUUGAUAGAUAAAAUAGUUUUCAGAUAAUCUAGAACAAAUGCUAGAGCCAUUUAUUUGUAGGUUCUUGUUUUCAGGGGUCAGAUCAGAUGCAAAUAAUGAAGGGAAUGGAAAGGUUGUACUUGGCUGGUUGAUUCCCCACCUCCCCCACCCAAAAACAACCGCCUUUUCUUUUUUUUUUUUUUCCCUUAAAGUUAAGUGAUGGUUAUGGUAAUAGGCUAACUAAAGGUUAUUGAAUAUCUAGGUAAUUUGAAAAUCUUUUUCAAAUAAUCAAGCUUGAAUCAAAGAAUGGUGCCUAACAACAAAUAAUCUUUGUUGUUGUUUGUUCUAGACUACUAUCUUCCAAAUGGCAGUUACGUUCCUAAGGUGAUGAUUAUGUAUUGUAAUGGAUUCCUUCUUAUCGUAUGCUUUCACUUCUAAUUUACUACUGGAAUCUCUCAACAAUAAAGUAUCAUCAUGUGAGUUUCUUUGCUUUAUUCUUAUAUUGCUUUGGCAUUUUUGUAUGUUCCCCUGAUUUUGAAUCAUUUUAUGAAAGAAGUAUUUGGCAUCACCUUGAUUUACUUUCACAAAUUGGAAGUUCUUAUACGCCACCUUUUGUACCCUGGGAAUGUUGUAUAUUGGAAUAGUAAAGGCCUUCACACUCGAGUUUCAUAAGCAUUAACGUUGGAAUUAUACAGGUAUAGGUUCAAAUGCAUGUAUUGUCGGUUAGUUCGGGGAGAGAGUAUUGUAUAAGCAUGUAUUGUUUAAAGCCUGUUCUACCUUAUAAGGAGGGGUUGGUAUCCUGGUAUAUUAAGGCGAAGAUACCAAGAGAUUUGUGUUAUGCCAUUUUUUAAAUUAUAUAUCCAAAUUUGGUAUUUUAGAAAUUUCUGGGACUAGUUUGGGUGUUUAGUGGAUAUUUUUAUCAGGUUUAAAAUUCAAAUCCUUCAUUAGAGUUAUAAAUGACUAGGACAUUUUAAUCGCAAACGUUUUGUUGUACGUGAUGAGGCCGAAUAUGAGAGGGGCUCGACCCAGUAAAAGGUCAAUGGAAGCCCAAGGGUUCAAUGGGUACUUGAGUUGGGUUAUGUUUUUGCGAAAGUUAAGCAAAAACAGUAAUAGAAAAUUAGGAAGAGUUUUGUAUCUUAGCAAGCAUCCUAAUGCCUUGAUCAGAAACAUUAACCAUUGGAGACAAAAAAGACUUGGGAUAUUCUUUUUGUAUAUAUUUACAGAAAAGACAAUAGAUGUGCAGAUUGUCUAGUUUGAAAAAGUUUAGAAUUACCCAGGCUUUCACUUUUGGUACUUACCUCUUAGAAAGGUUGCUAAUACUCUAAUAGUAAUAGAUGAUGAAACAAGGGGUUACCUUGUCUUGCUUGGUUUGUAUUUAGGUUUCUUUUUUCUGGGCUUAGCCCCAAUUUAAUACCAAAAACAAUAAUAAUCACCUACUAGCCAUUCCUCCAAAUCCAAUACACUAGCAAUUUAAUAUAACUUAAAACUUGAGGAUGUCUAAAUAAAUGGACUACGAAAUUUACAAUAAACAAAAGUAUAGGAAAUUAAU